ACCACCACCACCACCACCAUCAAGAUCACCACGUGUAGAUCAGCGCAGACGACUAAAUAGAAGAAUAGACUACUUCAUAUAUUGCAGUAUUUUACCUUCCUGCGCCUCACCACAGCACAAUGGGGGUGAUACAGCGGGUGGUGAAGCCUCGGAACAGUCGAUCAAAGAGGGCGCUGGUGAAACGAGAGCCCAAGAACAUCGAGAACACUAAGCAAUGUUUGUUCUUUGUGGGACGGAAGGCAAGCGAGGAGAUGAGGAGGUGUUUGAGGGACUUGUACAGCCUCCGCAAGCACCACUCAAUCCAUUUGUCCAGGAAACACCCAGAAAUGGCCCCCUGUGUGGAUAUCUUGCCUGUGGAGCGACUGGGACAGAAACACGACGCCUCUCUCUUCUGCUAUGUGGCAACCAAGAAACACAGGAAUAAUUUGGUUCUAGGAAGAAUGUUCAACCACCACCUUUUAGAUCUCAUCGAAGUCGACGUCUCGGAUUUCCGUUCGCUUGCCGACUUUCCCACUCCCAAGGGCUCUGAGGGCACCAAACCUUGCCUGACCUUCGCUGGGCCUGGCUGGGAGGAGGACGCACCCCUUGGGACACUGAAGAGCUUGUUAUUGGACCUUUUCAGGGGCGUGGAGGCAACAGCAGUGAGGCUUCAGGGGUUUGAGAUGGCCCUGCAGUUUGUGGCAUUGGAUAGCAAGACUGUGGUGAUGCGAGGGUAUAGUAUCCACCUUAAGAAGUCAGGUCUGCGCACUCCUCGCAUUGAGCUGACCCUGAUCGGCCCCUGCAUGACCCUACAUCUACAGAGGUCACGGCUUGCCUCUGAUGACCUCAUGAAGAGAGCGUGUCGGCAGCCCAAGCAGCUCAAGGCAAACCGAGUCAAGAACAUUAGCAAGGACGUGUUUGGAUCUCGUCUCGGGCGUAUCCACAUGACCUCACAGGACUUGGAUGGACUACAGACGCGGAAGAUGAAGGGACUCAAGAAGGUGGAUGGAGGUGAUGAGGGUGGUGAUGGUGGUGGUGAUGAUGGUGGUGAUAUGGAAAUUUAAGGAUGUUUUUUUGAGGACAAAAGAAGAAGAAGAAGGAGAAGAAGAAGAAGAAAGAAGACA